CGCAGCUUCCUGACAUGCCCUGCCUCUAGCGCUCCGAGGCAGCCCGCAGAGCUGACGUCAGCGAGAGGCUAGCCACCGAGAGCCCGGUCCGAGACGCGGGAGCGCGGAGGGCCGGGAGCGCGAUUCGCUGCGGGAGCGUGAAGAGAUCCGGGACGCGCCGCGUUAAAACGGAGCCGUGUCGUGAUUCGCACCGACGCGGGUGAAAGGUGUGCGGACGAGACGAGGAGUAGCCCAAGUUCUUCGGAAAAGGACGGCGGCACUGAACGCACGCACCCUCAGUGCCGGGACGGCGCCUUUAUCAUCUAUAUACGAACCCGUGUUAUUCCCUUGGAAAUGGCUCUGUAGAGUCCCACCCACUGAAUCAGCACCCCCCAGACCCCACCCCCCAACAUGGCUGCCUCUAAGAACGCCUGUGAGGGCAAGCUGGCUGGUCUUUAUGACCUGGAACGCACACUGGGCAAAGGUCACUUCGCCGUGGUCCGGCUGGCACGGCACAUCUUCACUGGGCAACUGGUGGCUGUCAAGGUGAUCGACAAGACUAAGCUGGAUGCAGUGGCUAUGGAGCACCUGCUUCAGGAGGUACGCUGCAUGAAGCUGGUGCAGCACCCCAAUGUGGUGCGCCUCUAUGAGGUCAUCGACACACAGACCAAGCUCUACCUGAUCCUGGAGCUGGGGGACGGCGGCGACAUGUACGACUACAUACUGCGGCACGAGCGCGGCGUCACCGAAGGCCUGGCCAAGCGGCACUUCGCCCAGAUCGUGCGCGCCAUCGCCUACUGUCACCAGCUGCACGUGGUGCACCGCGACCUCAAGCCCGAGAACGUGGUCUUCUUCCGGGAGCAGGGUGCAGUCAAGCUCACGGACUUCGGCUUCAGCAACCUCUUCCAGCCUGGCACCAUGCUGAUGACCAGCUGUGGCUCCCUGGCUUACUCUGCUCCCGAGAUCCUGCUGGGGGAGGAGUACGACGCCCCGGCCGUGGACGUCUGGUCCCUCGGGGUGAUCCUGUAUAUGCUGGUUUGUGGACACCCCCCUUUCCAGGAGGCCAAUGACAGCGAGACGCUCACCAUGAUCAUGGACUGUCGCUACACUGUGCCCCCGCACGUCUCCAACGGCUGCAAGGACCUGAUCUCGCACAUGCUUCAGAGGGAGCCAGCCAGCCGAGCCUCGCUGGAGGAGAUUGAGGGGCACCCGUGGCUGCGAGGCGUGGACCCCUCCCCGGCGGGCCGUGCCGCUGUACCCAUCUCCUCCCACCGCACCCUGUCCCAGGACGAGCACGAGGCCAUCUUACAGGCCAUGACCAGCGGCAACAUCGCCGAACGGGACACCAUCCAAGAGGCACUGGAGGCUGAUCGGUACAACCACAUCACAGCCACCUACUACCUGCUGGGAGAGCGGAUUCUGAGGGAAAAGCAGGAAGCACCUGCACAGGCUCAGGAGGUGGCCAGUGGCGGGUCAAAGCCUCAGCAGCAAUUUAAGUCUCUGUCCACACCUCUCAACCUGAGCGAGGGGGGGGUCCAAUAUGAUCCUCUGUGUGAGGCCCAUGUGAUGGAGCAGCCAUCUGGCGCCACCUGCAGGAUGGUGCCUGUGAUGGGAGAUCGCAUGUCCCCCAGGCCCCCGCUGCUGCCACCACUCAGCUGGGAGGAACAGCGGGCUGGGUCAUCUCUAACUCCUGUCAAGAACAUCUGUGCUCUGCAACAGAUCUGUGAGGAAGAGGAGGAGGAGGAAGAGGAGGAAAAGCAUGCUGGACCGCCAAUUAUUCUACCAGCACCAAAUGAAGGGGGCCCAGCAGAACCACCCCUACUGGGCAUCGUGGACAGCCUGGAGAAGGAGAGCGAGCUGACAGCCCCAGAACCACAGGGAAAGGACAGGACAAUGGUGGAGGAGCUGUAUGGUCUCUGCAACCAAGGCGGCGUCUCUGAUCAGGAUGGGGAGCAGUCAGGCGAUGUCGUUAAUGAGCUCACGCAUUUUGUAGAGUUACAAGGGCAUGGUGUUCUCACAACAGCAGUGCCAGGAUGUGCAAAGGAGCCAAUAGGGCAGAAGAAGAAGCAGACAAUUGAUCCAGUGAAGGCAGGACCUGGGAAGGGCAAAGGAGAUGAAUCACCAGAAAGGUCAGAUCAGGGUCAGAGAAGGGACUGGGUGCAGAUAGGGCACCCUCACGAAGUAAAGUCUGCUGAUGUCUCCACCAAUAUGUGUGAACUUCAGUCAGACUACAUCCCCUUUAGUGGUCAAGUGAGUGGGUGUUGUGAGACCCCUAAACCUGAGGGGGGGGAUGGGGAAACCGUGCUGGAACACAACAACAACACCCUUCCCAAGUCCAAGCUCCUGGAGGCCACCAAGACGUCGUCACCUGGAGGAUCUCCACGAGGCCGGCCACGCAAUCACUGCGUCGAUCUGGGGCCAGAUGGGGUGGAGUCCCGCGGGGGAGCCCCGCUGACGUGGAGCCUGGAUGCAGAGCGAGGGGAAGGGCCACCCUGUCAGCAGUCUGGGCAGAGCCCAGGCCACACAGGCACUGUCGCUGAGAUCGGCUCAGAACCAGUCAUCCGGGUCGCCCAGGCUAAGGUGAAGAACGUGAACCUGCGGGAGCGCCUGCUGCAGUUCCCGCUGUGUGAGAAAGCACUGUCCUUAAACAUCCAGCCCGCCUCCAAGGAGAAGCUCGUGCCCUUCGCGCAGUACAACUGCUGCCACGUCCUGUAGGCUCCGCCCCGUGAACCACGUGAACCACGACUGUUCCUCUCCAGCCAAUUGCAGCUUGUUGCCGAAACACUGUCACCUGAGCCAGACCUGUUCUGGCUGGGCUGAACCAAUCAGCUUUGGCCUGUAGCUACUCUGCAAUGUCACCCUUUUGCUGCUCUUAACUUGAGGAACAACCUCGAAAACGCUCCUGUGUCUCUAGGAAUGAUACCUGUCUCCAGGUGAGACACGCUGGUUGCUUUUUAAACCGCCGAAAAGCUUAAGCUAUAACCCCUGCGGCAAACUAACCCCAGCAUGGUAGUGUCUCCCCAAGCCAACAGCCCCACACGGAUUCCCCAUAAUGACUGCACUUAUUUUACAGAGCUUUUUGGGUUUGGGCUGGUGUCCCGUGUCUCACUAGAGAGGCCGUGCAUGCUGGAUGAGGCACCAAGGAGCCAUGGGUUCUGAGGCACAGAGGACAGAAUGUGGCUGUUUAUCAAUAUGAAGAACGCAAAGAACAUACUUGAGUUCUUGACAAGACCAGUCUUGCUAACUUGCCUUCCAAGAAUGAACUUGGGACGCAAUGAAUCAUGGGAUUGUUCUCUUUGGCAAGGAUGCAACCGAUGCAUCCUUGACAUUUGGGGAGGGACAAGAAUGCCAUCUGGGGAUUUUUACUGUCCUCCGUACUUUGGUUCUUGAGUAUUGGACCUGUACUUCGGCAUUGGAAGAUGACCUCAAACAGGUAUGCGUGAACACAAGAACGGUCAAGUACACAUAUUGAUAAACAUCCUAAGAAUCACUUUAUCACAACAGUUUGCAAAGGCUUGCCAGCCUCUCAGGCAGAUCAGUACCAAGGUUAUGGACACUGGUUUUCUUACGACUGCUUUACAGGUUUGUCUGGAUGUUCAUAACAGCAAGUUGUACAGUCUAUAUUUUUUAGUUUUAAUACUUAUAUUUUAAUCACCAAGUUAUAAAAAAAAAUACUCCCUGACAGCUCCUAGGUAUAAAGAGAUAUAAAUGUAUUGCUUCUGCUCACGUUAUUGCAUGUUUUCCAAGCCUUCAUGCAUUACAUUUUUAAAGAGUAAGCCUUGUAGUCUUGCGGCUCAAACUAGUUUUCUACUGAUUUCUGAUUGGCCAAAGUGUCAGUUGGGCUGUCUGCCAUUUCCCCCUAAGAUUACUAGUCUCUGCCUCGACGUUUUCCAUCUAAGCCCUGUGGGCGAAGGCGGGGCCCACCCUUGGGCGUGUGCAAACAGACUGACAGGACCAGUUGAGAGUCUGAAGUCCGAGUUCCCAGUCACAGCUGGGUUCCCAGUGCUAUGGUUUUGUACAUCCCUUCUGGUUUGUUUUUUUUUUUUUGGUUGAAGUAGCUAAACACUGAGGAAACUGUUUGGGGGUGUGUGUGUGUGUGUGUGUGUGUGUGUGUGUGUUUGCGUGUGUUCUGGGUGCACGGGAAUUCUCCUCUUGUGAGGGGCUGUUAUGCAAUGAAAGGAGAUUUUUGAGAGUGGUCUUCAAGCUAAACACAGCACAAUUACCUCAUUCUGAAAGUAAUAAAGCCAAAAACUAUUUGUAGGGUAUUAUACACAGAAAAGGAUACAGAGACACAAACAUCAUUUAAAACAAUGAAAGCUAGAUUCACCCAGAACUGAAAAGUAUAAGCAAAUCGACAUGAUGUUGAAGUAACAGUCGCAUUUGAAAACUACUACAGGUACUGCUCUAUCUGUGCUUCGCUUCUCUAAUGUGGAGGAUGAACAAGAUUCUGAUGGCUUUGGGCCCUGCUAAGCAAAGGAUGAUCCUUCAGUUUCGCACCCUUAAAUAAAAAUGUAAAGUUUAGUGGUUCUCUAACAAAGGAGAUUUAAUAGUGCUCCCACAAUGGUCUGUGCAGGGUAAGAAGAGCCACAGAUGUAAAAAAUGUUUAGCUUCUCUUCUUGAGGAUUAGUUUUUACAUGGAACAUGACAUAAAUCCUCUCAGGCUGUUUGUGGCCUACUGCGUAUUUACAUUUCGAAGUAAAGAGCCAAACGCUAAAUUGUGCUAAUGUCUGUUUAGCCUGUGAGCGGGAUAAUCUGAUGACACAGGUUUUAGCUAAAGCUGUGGGCUGGGCUGAAGCUGCUUUGUACAGAUAUUUGCCACCACUUCAUGGGGACUGUAAAUAUCCUGUAUCUUGAGCUUAACACACUUUCGCUGUAAGUACUGUGCCACCCUGUUUAAGUCUUUGGGCGGAUCAUAGGUGUUUUCAGAGUGCUCAAGUCUGGAGUCUCCAUUGGAGGGGGUGGAAAUCAUGGUUGUGUCCUUAAAUCAACACAGACCCUCAGAUGAGAGAGGCCAGUGUUUCUCAACUCAGUCCUCAGGGAUGGUUCAUGGUUUUUCUCUCUCCCAGCUCCCUACCAGAUAGGUCUACAUUUUUCUUCCGCAUGAGCUGGGGGGUCCCCAAGGACCGAUUUGAGAAACAGUGAGAUAGGCAGAGCCCAGGCUUCACUUGGCGGAUAUGUGUCAGCGUGGUGCAGACCUGCCAACCUUCACAACAGAAACACAAUCAGGAAGCCCCUUUAUGGCUGUUUGGCUCCUUGUUUUGCUUUAAUGUGGAGUUCCACGUCCACCUUUCCUGCAUUCUACCUGCCAGGAUAUGUAUAACUGUAUACCCAGUAUACCCUAAUUAAUACUACCGCUCUGUCUCGAUGAGAUUAAUUUAUUUUUAUAUUUAUUUAUUAAAAAUUUGACCAGAA